AUGGUGAAACCUAAAAGAAGAAAAAGAUCACACCCUUCGUGUAUGUUUUGUAAAAGAUCUCAUGUCACCUGUGAUGGUGAGAGACCAUGUUCAAGAUGUGUGAGUAGAAAGAUAUCGGUAUUGUGUGUGAAGUCAGAUAAUGACCGUGUGAGUGAGUCUCCGAGUGUAAAUAAUAAUGACACUAAUAUGCAUGACGAUAAUUUUAAUAAAUCAUCAAUAAAUUCAGGAAAUGUCAAUAACAAUCUCAUACCUGCGGGACAUGGUAUGCAAACUAAUGGUGGAUUUGAUGCAUUGCCUUCAGAUAUGUCUAAUUUUGAAAUACAAGAUAGUAACUUAAGCGCCAACUACCUCUUCAAAUUUUUACCAACGAAUCAAUUUGCUUCAGAGAAUGCUGGCUCAGAAUUUAGCUCUCUGAAUGAUUUUUUGAAUAUGUUGGAGGACCCUAUAUUCUUGAACGACUCUAACUUCCAAAACAUUGACAAUACGACGAAUUACGAAAGUAAUGAGAUAGGAAUAUCCAGAUCCAUUAAUGCAGAAAUAGGACCUUCAAAUAAGGAACCUGUAAAUCAAUCAACUACCAGUGUUUCAAAUUCAGCAAGUAAUCAAAAUCCUAGGCGAUCACAGAAAAAUACUGAAGAGUAUCGAUACCCAGUUGGUGUAACAAAAUUCAGAUUCCACUCUGGUGUAGAUUUGGAUAGCUCUCCAAACUCCAACUAUAAUAAGAACAAGGCGACUGUAAAUAGAAGGUUAGGUGUUAACAAUACACCUAAUGAGCAUUUCUUUCUGACUGCAGCGGACCCUGUUGCAGAAGUUUCACCUGAAGAAAAGCUAAGGUUAGUCAUUAACGCAAAGAUGGAAGCUGGUCUUUUGAAGCCUUAUGACUACGCAGCAGGGUACAAAAGAUUACAACUGUAUAUGGAUAGGUACAUGAAUCAAGAAUCAAAAUUACGUAUUUUAAAACCGUUAUCUAUUAUUCGCCCUGCGUUUCGAGCCAUUGCAAAAUCAUUAAAAGAUAUGGAUUUGAUACUGAUUGAAGAAAGGUUUGAGAGAAUGUUACUUUCGUAUGAUCGAGUCUUCACAUCAAUGAGUAUUCCAGCUUGUCUUUGGAGAAGAACAGGUGAAAUAUAUAGGGGUAACAAAGAGUUUGCAUCAUUGGUCGGUUGUACAGUGGAUCAAUUAAGAGAAGGUAACUUAGCAAUUUAUGAGCUUAUGUCUGAAGAAAGUGCUGUGAAUUUUUGGGAAAAAUAUGGAGCCAUCGCAUUUGACAAAAGUCAAAAAGCAGUACUAACAAGUUGUAAUUUGAGAACCUUAGAUACUAGGAAGAAAAGAUCCUGUUGUUUUAGUUUCACAAUACGAAGAGAUAUGUAUAAUAUGCCAACAUGCAUAAUAGGUAAUUUCAUACCUGUCUCCCCAUAG